UAAUUUAAACAGAGGUGUAUAUCAGGGCUGGGCGUAAUGAAAAAAAAUAAAAUGCGAAAUACGAAGCUUUUCGCGCCAAAAAAUGCGAGAAUGCGAAAGAUGCGAAACGCGAAAGAGCGAAAAAGCCCAGCCCUGGUGUAUAUGGGACCUAAAAGAAGUGUAACUAAAACAGGGAGUAAAAGAAACCGAGAGUAUUUGAAAUCUAGUGCAUCGUAUGAGGAGGAGUAUCAAAAUCUGGGAGUGUCUUAAACUGAGGUAUAAGAGUAUCUUAUAGGGAGAUUCGACUUUCUACUUUGCAAAAAUUCAAUACCUAGGCAAAUAAUCCUCAGUAGUAAUAACAGUCGAAUUAACUAGCUGAGAAAGAUCAAUUUCGUGUAAAUCCUCCCCAAGCAUCCCUUCCGAAUUACUUUGCUGAUUUAAUUGUUUAAUUUUUUUAUUAUUUCGUUUUUGGUGUUUUUUAAGUUUAUUUGGAGGUGUUUGGGGUAAAGGGGAGGAAGAAGAAGAAUUUUUUUCUUCCCCCUUUUUAUUUUCUUUUAUUGGUGUUUUUUGUUGUUUUUGACACUUUUUGCUACUAAUUGUUGCCGAUUUUUGAGAAGGAGAUAAAUUAAUUGAUAAAAGACCGGAAGGAAUAAGUUGUUGUUGUUGGGGGGCAUCUAAUGAAGUAUUACAAAUAUUUGGAGAGGUAGAAAUACUUAAAUUAUUAGUUGUUGUUUGUUGUUGGAAUUGGCUAGUUGAGGGGAUUUGAGGGGCCUGGAAAAAAAUUUAAAAAAAUUUUUUGAUAGAAAAAUGGUAGGUAAUGUUCAAUUUCGCAACCCUCUUUUUUCUUACUCAAAUUCUUAUAAUUUUUGCGUCAAAUUUAAAAUUUGUUAAUAUUAUUAUUGACUGAUUGGAUGGCAUAAAAAAUAAAGUGAAGUCGAGGAAGGGGAAAAUGGAGAGGAGGGGAGGGGGAUAUUAUUGAAGAAUUUUUUUCCAGUUCUGUUUCCUCAAAUUUUCUUUGGUUUUUAAGUCACAGGUUUGGGUCUCAACCUUUUUUGGUAGGUAGGAGAGAUUUUUUUAUUUCUAGAUUUUCACAAAAUUGGAAUUUGAGUGGUAAAUUGGUAAAAUCUGAGAACUUGGGAAAGUUGAU